AUGAAGUCGUUCUUCAACAUGUUCCUCGCCAUCCUUCUUGGUCUCAUUGCUGUCAUCAACGCUGCUGCCGUUCCUGACACCACGGUCAACGAUCUCGCUUCCAACGCCAAUGAAACCAAUGUUACUAUUCAGGAGCUUGCUGGCCCUGAGUACAGCUACCAUGGCCGCGCGACCGCUGAAGUCUGGCUGGGUCAGACAAUGACCAACGUCGGCGACCUCGUGGGCUCGAAUCUGUAUGGCACGAUCUGGAAUCUCAUCAACGAUCACUGUAUUGAGCCUUUCUGGUACCACGACCGCUGCGGUUACAAUGAUGCCUACGCUAUCAAAGUAAACUACCUGCGCGACAACGGCCAAAUCGGCCAAGGCAAGUAG